AUUAGUUGGUGUAAGGUGAUGUAUAAUUGGAGGUGUUAUCUUUGAAUAUAUAUAUAUGUAAAUGAUAUGCAUCUUUAAUUAGGUCUUUUAAAUAUAGAAAACAAAUGAUAAACUUUGCAUAAAAGAGAGGUACCCACUUAUCAAGCAGUACCCAUGAUACAUUUUUAAAAUGUAUAUGUGAAAUUUGAGAUAGAAAAACACUAUUAGGGGGGAAAGCUGAAUUGCCUUUGGCUUUUGAUACUGAUUUGUCACCACAUGCAUUCCACUUUGCACUACAAAAACCCACUUUGGACCCUUAAAUUCUUGCCUCUACUACAAGAAAAGCAUACACAUUCCUCAUACUCCCCAUAUAAUUUCACCACUCACUUCCUUCCAUAGACUUACACAAACAUCUUUUGGUAAGCUCCUUUGAUUUUUUUUUUUUGUUAUCCAAAGAAAAAAAAUAUCAAGACAAGACUGUGUAUAUUGAGUAUGAGAAGUGGAGGUUGUAGUGUCCAGCAAUCCCUCACGCAUGAAGCUGCAAACAUGGUGAAACAAGCCAUGGCCUUGGCUAGACGGCGAGGGCAUGCUCAGGUCACGCCUCUCCAUGUGGCUAGCACCAUGCUCUCUGCUUCCACAGGUUUACUCAGAACAGCUUGCCUCCAAUCCAACACUCAUCCUCUUCAGUGCAGAGCACUUGAGCUCUGUUUCAACGUCUCUCUCAACCGCCUCCCAACUUCCACAGGGAGUCCUAUGUUGGUCCCUUGUAUAUCUAACGCUCUGGUGGCAGCUUUCAAGCGUGCACAGGCUCACCUGCGGCGUGGCUCCCUCGAGAACCAGCAACAACCAAUCUUAGCCGUCAAGAUUGACCCUGAGCAGCUUGUAAUCUCCAUUCUUGAUGAUCCUGGUGUCAGCAGAGUGAUGAGAGAGGCUGGUUUCUCAAGUCCUCACGUGAAGAGCAAGGUGGAGCAAUCUGUGUCUUUGAUGUUCUCCUCCAAGAAACCUAAACUAACUUCCGCAGUAAGGAACAAAGAUAUCAUAAACGGUGUAGACAAUCGGGUGGCUGAGAGGAGGGAGACCUUCAGUGAGAUCGAAAACGGGACCGUUCUAGAAUGCUCAAUGAAGACAAGCAGUAGAGUGACCACUGCUCUCCCAGCGUGGCUUCAGAAGUACAAGAACGAGAACCAAAGUAACAGAACUGAUUUAGAUAACUCAAUCUCUGAUUCAGUAUACAUAAGACCAUCUGAGAAAACUCUAGACCUUUCUUCUCUGUCUCCUUCCUCUUCUUCCAAUACUUACGCUCAUACAAGAGAGGUGGAGUAUCCCUCCAGGUUUAAUGAGUUGAAUGAUGAAAACCUAAGAACUCUAUGCGAUGCCUUGAUAAGCAAGGCACAAAGCCAGAAGGAUGUGAUCCCUGCUAUCGCAAAAGCUAUCUUAAGUUGUAGGUCAAGAUCAGCACCUAGGAAGCUAAGCAACGGGAACCGAAAAGAAGAAACAUGGUUACUUUUCCAAGGUGUGGAUGUUGAGGCCAAAGAGAAGAUAGGUAGAGAGUUGGCAGAGCUUGUGUUUGGGUCUCAGAACAGUUUUGUCUCAAUUAACUUGAGAGACAAGAAAAGGAGGAGAGAUGAAGAUAGCUUGAGCUACACUCAGAGAUUGUUCGAAGCCGUGUCUUGUGAUCCACACAGAGUGUUCUUCGUAGAAGAUAUAGGUGAAGCUGACUAUUUAUGUCAGAUGGGUUUCAAGAGGGCCAUUGAGAGAGGAAGAGUCCAAAGUGAAAAUGGUGAAGAAGCUUUGCUUAGAGACGCCAUAGUGAUCUUGUGCUGUGAAAGAUUUAUCUCGAGAUCAAGAAGUUGUUCACCUCCAGAAGAAGAGAGAAAGAUGAGGAGUUCUUGUAUAUCUCUCGAUCUAAACCUCUCUCUCCAUCAUGAUGGUGAUGAUGAUGGACAUUGCAGUGAUCAUAUUGGAUUACUUGACGCUGUAGAUGCACACAUUAUUUUCAGCAACUCGGCAACAUGAUCAUUUAUAGACAUGAUCUUGCUACAUAUGGUCAGGGUCAUGUGUUACUACUUCUCCUUGGGACAUUUUUCUGGCUCAAUCGUGUAGUUAGGAUGCUUAGGAACUUUGUAGAGGGGGUAUGUUAACAAAGUUAAUCCAAAUCAUAAUUUAAUUUCUCUUUA